AUGUGCAAUGUGGUAGUGCUAACAGAGUUCAUAUCUAUCAAUGUUCUUAUCUAUCAAUAUGUCACUCUCAAUCUGUUUAUAUCUAUCUAUCUCUGUUGCAAUCUAUCUAUUGAUCACAGUCAGUUCAUUAUCUAUCUUAAUAUGUUCAUAUCUAUCUCUCUACCUAUCUUAAUCUGUGCAUAUCUAUCUAUCUAUCUAUCUAUCUAUCUAUCUAUGUCCUUAUCUCUCUCUCUCUAUUCAAUCAAUUUUGUGUAUUUCUAUUUUGAAAUGGAAGAAGAGCUCAAUCCCAAACCUUAUUCAUAUCCAUUUGGAAAGAUGUCAGCAACAGUACGCCGUAACUCUGAAUACUUCAUGAAAGAUGCUUCUUCAUGCGAUAAACAACAAAUGGAUUUAGCAGUUGUUCCUGGUGAUCAUACCAUGAAUCUCUGGUCAGCAUUUCCUUGUGAAGCUGAAACAACAUUAUAUGAUUCCAAUUUGGACCCUUUAAAUAUUCAGACUGUUCAAGAAUUUAAAAUAGCAGCCCCAGAAAAUAACACAGAAAAUUGUCGUCAAAAACAAUAUUCAGAACCAUUGCCACAUCCAACAAAAUUGAGGAAAAAAAGAAAGUCUGGUGCAAAAACCAUGAAAUGGCCAGUAAGGAAAGAUGGAAAUAUUCACUAUCAUUUGAGUCAGCUGAAAUCCAAACAAGUGGUCAGAAUGGGUCAAAGCCAGUUGUCCCAGAAACUUAAUGAGACUAAAGAAUUCCCUUAUUCUCAAUAUCAGAAACCUGAGUCUAUUUCCUCAAUGAGUAACACAAUAUGGAGCAGUGUUGGGCAAAAAUCUAACAAGAUCCUGAAUUUCUAA